AUGGCAGCAACAAACGGCAACACCAACGGCGCAAGCGUCACCACGGACUCUCGAUUCGACCCCAACUUCACACAACAUGUUAUCGACGCCACAGGACCGAAGGCCACGCCACGGAUGCGGAAAGUAAUGGCCAGCUUGAUCAAGCAUGUGCAUGAUUUCGCGCGGGAGAACGAGUUGACUGUUGAAGAGUGGAUGGCUGGUGUCGAGAUGAUGAACUGGGCGGGGAAGAUGUCUGAUAACAAAAGGAAUGAGGGGCAGCUUAUGUGCGAUGUUAUUGGUCUUGAAUCACUCGUAGACGAGAUUACUUUCAAACUGGCCGCCGAAACGAGCGAUUCUGCGACAGCAAGUGCAAUUCUUGGACCAUUCUUCAGACACGACGCACCCAUUCUCGAGAACGACGAUACAAUUGUGAAAGAUGUACCUUCAGAUGGAGAAAUUGUUUAUAUGCAUGGAAUUGCUACAGAUCUGGUGACGAAGAAGCCAGUACCGGGUGUGUGGAUUGAUGCCUGGCAAGCGUCGACGAAUGGGCUGUACGAGCAGCAGGAUGAUCAACAACAGGAUUGCAAUUUGAGGGGAAAGUUCAAAACCGAUGAAAACGGAUAUUAUGGAUUUUACUGUUUGAGACCAACACCUUACCCAGUUCCAAAUGACGGUCCCGCUGGUAAGCUAUUGGAGUUAUUGGAUAGACAUCCAUUCCGACCAGCACACAUCCAUCUGAUCGCCCAGCGCGAUGGCUACAAACCCGUCACCACUCAAAUCUUCGACAAAGAAGACAAAUACCUAGACAACGACUCCGUCUUCGCAGUCAAGGAAUCUCUAAUCGUCGAUUUCAAGCCGCUGAAGGGAAAUCCUAAAGCUACCCUGGAGCUGGAAUACCCAAUUGUUAUUGCGCCGCAAGCAAAGUAA